AUGUUUCAAGGGUGGUGUUUUACAACAAAUAUUGCGUGGCACAAGGGAGGAAGAAUAAUUGUUGCUUGGAACCCGCUACAAUUCCAAAUUAACAUCUUGAAAUGUUCGAGCCAAGUUAUACAUUUAGGAAUUUGUACAGUUAGCAAUCACUUGCAAUUUCAAUUAACGUUUGUUUAUGGCUUCAAUGAUGAGUUGGGAAGGAAAGCUUUAUGGCUUGAUCUAAAAGAGCUAAAUACAAAAGAGCCAUGGGUGGUACUUGGUGAUUUUAAUGCAACUUUACAAGUUGAUGAAAGAAUAGGAGACAAAGUAAGGAAUCAUGUAUGCAAUGAUUUUCUAGAUUGCACUCACACAUGUAAUCUAGAGGAUAUUCAGUAUAAUGGGAAUCUAUAUACAUGGAGCAACAAGCAACAAGGGCGUGAUAAGAUCUUUGCAAAGUUGGAUAGAGUUCUUGCAAAUGAGAAGUGGGUUGAUUUAUUUCAGCAAGCCGAAGCUUUAUUUUUGAAUGAAGGUCUAUUCGACCAUACACCAGCGAUAAUCAAAGUGUACCCUGAGAUUCCAAGUGGGAAGAAGCCAUUUAAGUAUUUCAAUAUGUGGGCUAUGCAUCCGGAAUACAAGGCAGCAGUCAAAAAUAUAUGGCAACAAGAAAUCAAGGGCUCCAAAAUGUUUCAGAUUAAAGCCAAAAUCUCUUGGAUAAAAGAGGGAGAUCAAAACUCAGCAUUAUUCCAUAGCUGCCUAAGAGAAAGAAGAAGGCAAAACAAGAUCCUGUCAAUAGAAGAUGGAGAUGGAAAACGGGUUGAGAACCCAGCUGCUAUUACGGAAGCCUUCUUGAAGUAUUAUCAAGGACUACUUGGAACGAAGAUGCAAGGAAGGUUACCAGUUAACAAAAAUGUGAUGAAGCAAGGGGUUGUAAUUACUAAGACACAUGAAGACAUCCUUAAUUCAGAAUGCACAAAGGCGGAAAUCAAGCAGAUUGUGUUCAACAUCCCGAAAGACAAAGCCCCUGGUCCUGAUGGAUAUAGUAGCUCUUUUUUUACAGGAAAAUUGGGAAAUAGUGGAAGAAGAUGUGUAUCUAGCUGUCAAAGAAAUCUUGCAAACUGGUCAUCUUCUCAAAGAGCUGAAUUCAACGGUGCUUACUCUAAUCCCAAAGACCAAAUGCCCGAAUGCUGUAAGUUGAAAGUUAUCUUACCGGAUUUGGAUGCCCCGAAUCAAGGGGGAUUUGUAAAAGGAAGAUUUAUAGCUCAUAACAUUAUGAUCUGCCAGGAUCUCAUCAGACACUAUGGAAGGAAAUCUGUAAAGCCUAAUUGCAUGAUUAAACUUGAUCUUCAAAAAGCCUAUGAUACCUUAGAUUGGGAUUUCUUAGAGGAAAUUCUUAUUGCCUUUAAGUUUCUUGCUAUGGUCAUCAAUUUAAUCAUGCAGUGUGUCUCUACAACCAGAUUCUCAUUGUAUUUUAAUGGUGUCCUACAUGGCUUCUUUGGUGCUAAAAGAGGAGUGAGACAGGGUGAUCCCAUGUCGCCUCUUCUCUUUGUUCUUGGCAUGGAAUAUCUGAGCAGAAUCAUGAAGAAAGUGGGAAAUAAGGCAGAGUUUGGAUUCCAUGAAAGAUGCAAAGAAUUAAAGCUUAAUCAUCUAUGUUUUGCUGAUGAUGUCCUUCUUUUUUGUAAAGGAGACUUGCAAAGCAUUCAACUGAUGCUUCAAGGCUUGAGGCUCUUUUCAAGAUCUUCAGGACUCUGGCCUAAUAAUAGCAAGUCUGCUAUCUAUUGUGCAGGGAUGCCUGAAACAGAGAUUCAAAGGGUGGUUCAGAUUUCUGGAUUUACUAGAAGCUCAGUUCCUUUUAAGUACCUGGGGAUCCCAAUCUGCUCAAAGAGAAUCUCUCAGAAUGAGUGUAAUACUCUGGUAGACAAAAUGACAGCUCGCAUCAAAAUAUGGAGUACUAGACACAUUUCAUUUGCAGGUAGGGCAGUUCUCAUCAAUUCUGUGUUGCUAACCAUUCACACAUAUUGGAGUCAGAUCCUAUUUUUACCAAAGAAAGUGGUUGCUGAGAUUGAAAUAAUUUGCAGGAGUUUUCUAUGGAAAGGCUCUAACAGUAUGUUAGGAGCUGGAGCCGUAGCUUGGGAUAAAGUCUGUCUCUCCAAAACUGAAGGUGGAAUAGGUUUUUUAAAUAUCAAUAUCUGGAAUAAGGCUGCCUUGAUGAAGAAUAUAUGGACACUAGCUGUCAAGAAAGAUAACUUAUGGGUCAAAUGGAUCCAUAGUGUCUAUUUGAAGAAUGGUGACUGUUGGAACCACAAGGCUUCCAUCCAUAGUAGUUGGUAUUGGAGGAAGCUUGUGGAUCUAAAAGAUGAAAUGAGAAGAACCUGGGAUACAAGUCAGCUCCAAGUUAUUAAGUAUAAAAUAUCAGAUGGAUAUAAGAAGCUUCAGCUGUCUCAAGAUCGAACUCACUGGUGUAAUCAAGUUUGGUCUAGACUCAACCAUCCUAAGCAUAGUUUUAUUCUUUGGAUGGCUGUGCUGGACAGACUUAAGACAAGAGAUAGAUUAAAAAGAAUGCACAUAACAGAUGUAGAAGAUUGUUGUUUCUGCAGCAAUCAAAUUGAAAGUAGAGUUCAUCUAUUCUUCCAAUGCAGCAAAACAAGAAGCUUGCUCCAACAAAUGAAAGAGUGGAUCGGCUGGAAGGCUACUGCUUCUGAUCUGCCCUCACUGAUCCGUUGCAUUAGCAGGUCCAAACGAUCCAAAUUCCAACAGCAAGUUCUCUCGGCCACCAUUGCUGGUUUAGUGUAUUUCAUAUGGCAGCAGCGAAAUGAAAUUCUAUGGCAGCAGAGCCCGAAAUCUAUGCACAUUCAAGAGCUUAAAUGGCAAAUCAAAACAAGAAUCUCUUGUGUUUUACCAAAGAAAAUCAAACAGGAAGAUAGGAUAUGGUUUGAUAACUUGUUUGUCUUCUGGCCAAAUAAUGAAGAGAGAUUUAAGGCAUUUUUAAGGGUUGGAUCUGAGAUGGAUUCGUCGAGUCAGGAGAAUGACAUUCAGGUUGUAGUUUCGACGUCGUCUCAGUCAUCUAGUGGCAACAGCAGAAAGUACAAUAGAUCUAUGGUUGAGUUUAUGACUCAUGGUGAUGGAGCUGAACUAAACAAAAGGAAUAUGGUUAAGGUCAAUGUAGUUGAGGCUAUCUUUGAACACCGUGGUUGUUGUAGCUUUUCUUGUGCUGUUCGUAGUAACUUGGCAAUGCAAUCUUAUUUUGGUCGCAUUGUACAGGAUUGUAGAGCUCUAUUGUUUGAAUUAGAGUCUUGCUCUUAG